CAGGUUUUUAUUUAAACCCACCCCCUAAGUCCCCCCCAACAUAUGAAGAAUUUUCAAAUAUCCUCUGAACUUCCCUUUAUUCAUUACCAACACUUCCUGUAAUCCUAACCAUAAAAAAAACAAAGACAUUCACGGGCGAUGACUUUGACCCGGUUUCUAACUCGUCACAAACCACAGAAGGAAUGUGCUGUAGAAGAUGACUGAGUGAGUGAGUCACCUCAGAGGUUCAGUGGAGAUAAUCCUAACAACAAACAUCUCCAGUAUCUGCUCUUGUACUCUUUGACGUUUCAUUCAGUAGGUACUGUAUACUGCCUGUCAGUCUUUUCUGUGGGCCUCUUUCUUUCAACAGUACUUCCUGUUCAGACUAAUUCCUGGAUGAAUGGAAGAAAGCCAAAAAGUUCAACACGGUGUGAAUUUUAAUCCAGCCAGAAAAACCUGAACGUGUCUUCUGUACAAUAACUCUGAGGGAGCUGGGACACCUGCACAGUUCUUCACCUGCACAAUGGACAAAACCAUGGUUCUGAGUCACCUACUCCUGGAGACCAGGGGCACGCCAACACUUCUGGGAGGGGAGCCGUUAGCCAGAGUCAUAAAAAGUAACAAGUACGUUGUCCAGCCGAGCACCGAGGCUCAGCAGGCAGACACAGAGGUGGACACUCUGGACCGGGCCCUUCACACGGCCCUGUGUGCUGAAGUCAAAGCUGUGCUGCUGACGGGACCAGAAGGUUCUGGAAAAACUACAAUUCUGGAGAAGCUCAUGGUGGACUGGGCCAGAGGAGACGCGCUCCAGCACUUCUCCUACAUUUUCUACUUUGGUCGGUGUGAGCUGAAGGCUCUUAAAGGGCUGGUGUCCCUGGAGACUCUGAUUCUGCAGCACUGGACCAAUCGGAGCGCUCCUGUCUCUGUGGACGUGCUCCUGCAGGAGCCCGAGAAGGUUCUGUUUGUUUUUGACGACCUCGAUCAGUGUGAACUUCAACUGGAACCAUCGGCCCACUCCCCCUGCUCUAACCCCGCCCUGGCCAUGUCAAUGUCCUGCCUGGUGUCCAGUCUGCUCCAUGGGUCCGUUCUAAAAGGUUCUGUCAGUUUGGUGUCAGCCAGGUCAGCAGAAGGUCUGAGGUCCGAGUCCUUCAACAGACUGGAGGUGCCGGGCUUUCUGAAGGCCCAGAGACAGGCCUACGUCCACAGGUUUUUCUCCGACUCCACUGCUGGUACCACAGCUUCAGCCCAGAUGGAACGGACUCUGGGUUUCCAUGAGUUCUGCAGCUCUCCCAGGUUCUGUUGGACCGUUUGUUCUCUUUACCAAACUCUCAUGGAUGCUGGAGUAGAACUUCCAGAAACUUUGUCCCAGCUCUGUGUCCACAUCCUGGUCCAGUUGUUGAAGGAGGUUUCCACGGAUCAGACCCACAACAGAGAGCUGGUCCUGGUCCUGGGGAGACUGGCCUCCCACUGCCUUCUGCACCAACAUCCACGCUACACCAAAGAAGAACUGUGUUCCGCUGGGUUUUCACCGUUCCUCAGCCAGAUUCACGUGUUCAUGCCUGUGGACGCCGACCUGGAGUCAUGUGACUUCUCCUUCGUUUCACGGCCGAUGCAGGAGUUCAUUCUGGCUCUUUCUGUCUUCCUGGACAAAUCUCCACCAGGGGGCGUGUCAAAGAUGCUGGAGGAACACAGAGGUUCUGCGGGGUACCUGGAUCUGUUCUUGGCCGGGCUGUCGGAGCCACAGCAGUACCGACCACUGGAGGCGCUGCUGGGGCCCCUCGACCCUGAUCCUAUCAUGGGUUUCAGACGUUGGUUUAAAAGCAGCUCAGAGAAGGUCCUCCAGGGGUAUGACAAGGACCAGCAGCUUCACUGCUUCAGGCUCCUGCACCAGGCCCAGAGUGAGACGUUGGUCAGAGAGACCGUCACGGCCUCGGCACGCACCGGCAUCGGCCUCGGAGACAUGGACCUCCACAGCUGUGUCGCUCUCAGCUACGUGGUCUCGUGUCUCGGAGAGAUGAAGCUGCUGAAACUGUACAGAACCAGGGAUCUGACGGAGGAGAAGGCCCGAGUCCUGGCUCCGGUCAUGAGUCUGUCACGUAAAAUCCUGUUGACAUACAGCUCUCUGACCACUGGGGCGGUCCGUCAUCUGGCCUCAGCUCUGACCACAGGAGUGACCUCAGAACUGGACCUGUCUCACACUGGCCUUGGAGAUGAAAAGUUCAAAGUUCUCAGUGAUGGACUGAAGAACUGCGCUCUGCUGAAAAUAAGACUCCCAUCAUGCACCCUGACUGAAGUGGCCUGUGACCACCUGGUAACUAUUCUGACCUCUGGUUCCUCUCAGCUGUGUGAGUUGGAACUGAUGUUCAACCAGUUUGGAGACCAGGGCUUUGUGAAGCUGUGCAGCGCCCUCCACAGUCCUCACUGUAAACUACAGCUGCUCCAGCUCCAAGCUAACAAUCUGACGGCCGUGUCCAUGGAGUCUCUGUCUGCUGCCCUGAGGUCAGGUCACUCCAGGCUGAGGUCAGUCAACCUGACCCAGAACAGGAUCACUGACAGUGGAGUCAGGGCUCUGUGUCAGUCCCUGAGACAACGGUCCUGUCAGCUGAGCAGCCUGAAUCUGUUUGAUAACGACCUGACUCACAGCUGCUGCCAUGAUUUGAUGGAGGCCCUGACGUCAGCGAACAGCUCCCUGUUGGAGCUCGAUCUUUCAUUGAAUGAUUUAGGCCAAGAGGGGGCGCUGCUGCUCUGCCAAGCACUGACUCAUCCUGGAUGUGCAUUAAAAAAACUGGUCUUAAAACGCUGUGAGUUGACCCCCGUGGUGUUUGAGGAACUGGGGUCACUGCUGAGGGGGGGCUCAUCCCGACUCUGCAGCUUGGACGUGGGAAUAAACAAUGUUGGAGACGAGGCGGUCAAACAUCUGCUGGCUGCUGUGGCAGAUCCACAGUGUCUGCUGGAGGAGCUGGAUUUGGAGAUGACCGGCCUGACGGACGACUGUCUCGAACACCUGUGCACCGCCAUUCAGAGCAGCAGAACCCUGAAGAACCUGGAGCUGAGGAACAACUCUCUGACGGACUCUUCUGUCCCGGCUCUGGUCCAGGUGGUGGAGGACAGCACCAGCAUGAUGGAGCUGAACCUGAAGUACAACGACUUCUCAGAGGACGUGUUCCCCUGUUUGGACAGCUGCGCUAAAGUAAGGUACUGAAGAACCGAUGUCACAGUGCUGCAGGAGCAGGAACUUUUUAAAUUCAGCGCCGUCGGUCCAUUCAAAUAUGUCAGCGAUUUAAGAAGUCCUGUGGUAAACUGGAGCGGACAGGAAUGUGUUUGUUAUGUCAACAAUCAAAACAAGGACAAAUAUAAUCCACAGUAUCCUGGUGGAGUAUUAGUUAUUAACAAGGUCUGAAGCUGAACUUUUCAUUGAACUUUCUUUUUACCGCUGUUUUACUUCAUCGCUUUCUGUUUUUCUUUAUCGUUGACCUCAGGGUCAAAUCCCAACGUUAAACCGACAUCAGAACAAAACAAACGGUGUUAAUGAUAAAUGGCUUUAACUGAGUGAACUGUCAGCAGAACUGGUGUUGGUGAAGGUCAGGGUUUCUGAACUCUCCCUCCCCCUCUCGCUCCCCCCUCUCUUUCCCGCCCUCUCUCUCUGCUUGUGAAUCAGAGAAACUAAAGGUUCUGAAGACCUUGGACUUUGGUGUGAACUUUGAAAGUGUCUUUGCUGACGUUCUGUUUUGCAGAUGAUUAAAGAAAAUCUGAAUCAACAGAA